AUGGGCCCGCGAGCCCGGCCCGUGCUUCUCCUUUUGAUGCUCCUGCGAACCGUGGCCCCGCACAGGCAGCCGCCGCGGUCACACACUUUACGCUACCUCUUCAUGGGUGCCUCAGAGCCAGACCUUGGGCUGCCCCUGUUUGAGGCUUUGGGCUACGUGGACGACAAGCUCUUUGUGUCCUAUGAUCAUGAGAGUCGCCGUGCUGAGCGCCGCGCCCCGUGGGUCUGGAGCAAAUCUUCAAGCCAGCUCUGGUUGCAUCUGAGUCAGAGCCUAAAAGGGUGGGACCACAUGUUCACUGUUGAUUUCUGGACCAUCAUGGACAACCACAACCACAGUGAGAUAAUGAGGCUAGGGGUGCUGUCAGAGUCCCACACCCUGCAGGUCAUUCUGGGCUGUGAGGUGCAGGAAGACAACUUCACCAGGGGGUUCUGGAAGUACGGGUAUGACGGACAGGACCACCUUGAAUUCUGCCCUGAGACAAUGAAUUGGAGAGCAGCAGAGCCCAGGGCCCAGGCCACCAAGCUGGAGUGGGAAGUGAACAAGAUUCGGGCCAAGCAGAACAAGGCCUACCUCGAGAAGAACUGCCCCGAGCAGCUGCAACAGUUGCUGGAACUGGGGAGAGGGUUUCUGGACCAGCAAGUGCCUCCUUCUUUGGUAAAAGUGACUCAUCACAUGGCCUCUGAAGUGACGACUCUUCGGUGUCAGGCUCUGAACUUCUUACCAGAGAACAUCACCAUGAGGUGGUUGAAGGACAGGCAGCCACUGGAUGCUAAGGAGGUUGAGCCUAUGGAUUUGCUGCUGAAUGGGGAUGGGACCUACCAGGGCUGGAUGGUUGUGGCUGUGCCUCCUGGGGAAGAGCAGAGAUACACCUGCCAGGUGGAGCACUCAGGCCUGGACCAGCCCCUCACUGCCACCUGGGAACCCUCACCUUCUGGCACCCUAGUCAUUGGAAUCGUCAGUGGGAUCACUGUUUGUGUCAUCAUCUUCUUGAGUGGAAUUCUGUUCAGAACCUUCAAGAAGAGACAUGUUUUCAGAGGAAUCAUGCGGGACUAUGUCUUAGCUGAAGAGCUGGCCUUUGUUUCCUUCAUCAGCAAAGACCUCGUACACCUAUGCCACCUCAUCCUCUGCCUGUAG